GUCUGUGGUGUAAUGGAUUCCUUCAUGGAUGAAGAUUUUGCUGUGAUGAAAAACGCCAGCCAUGAAAUGGGCCGAGAAAGGCUAGAAGACAUCAACAGUGACGCACUGAAUCACAGUCACACCCUGGAUGGGUUUACAGGCAUGGAGCUCCUUCUACCCUUCAAGCCCCUCUUCCUGCCUCUCUACUGCCUUGUAGUGGUGGUGGCUGGUGUUGGCAACUCUUUCCUGUUGGCUUGCAUCUUGGCUGACAAGAAGCUUCACAAUACCACCAAUUUCUUCAUUGGCAAUUUAGCAGCUGGCGACCUGCUGAUGUGUCUGAGUUGUGUUCCUCUGACGGUGUCUUAUGCCUUUGAUAGCCACGGUUGGGCAUUUGGAAGACCCCUCUGCCACCUGGUCCCCUUGGUGCAAUGUGCUACAGUUUUUGCAUCCGUGCUGUCCCUCACUGCCAUUGCUGUUGACCGCUACAUUGUCGUAGCUCACCCAGUCAGGAAGAGGAUCUCGGUGUGGCGUUGUGGAGCAGUCACUCUGGGUGUCUGGCUCUUAUCUCUGGCCCUGGCUGCACCUCCAUCUCUACACACGCGCUAUCUUGACCUCCGACCCAGUGGCUAUAACCUGGUUGUGUGUGAGGAAUUCUGGCAGGAUAGAGGCCAUCUGAGGCUACUCUACUCCUGCUUCAUACUCAUCGCCUCGUAUAUGCUCCCACUGCUGUCAGUCAGUGUGUCAUAUUGUGCCAUCACCAUCAUCUUAAAGCGCUACGCUGUACCUGGGGAGCCAUCCAACAGCCAGCAGCGUUGGAACCAGAGGAGGAAGCGCACCUUCUCCCUGCUGGUGGCCUCAGUGCUUGCUUUUGCCCUGUGCUGGCUUCCCCUGCAGGUGCUGAACCUGUUGUUGGACCUGGAUCCAGAAUUUGACAUCAUAGGCAAACGCUACGUCAACAUCUUACAAGUCUGCUGUCACUUAGUGGCGAUGAGCUCUGCGUGUUACAACCCAUUCAUCUACGCCUCCCUGCACAGCAAGGUACGCUCGCACCUGAAAGGUUACUUCUGUCCUCGUCACAGUCGUCAGCGGGGCGUUGUGGUAUCAGCGGCGUCCAGGAGCUGAUUCCCCUCCGUGACUGUGAUAAUACAGCCUCCUCGCAAGCAGAGCCGCUAACACCAUACUGAUGUUCUACAGGAAAUAAAGA